AUGGGAUUUCCCUGGAUUACUCUUCAGAGCUGGGAGCCUUUUCACAUCGAUGCGCUUGGUGUCCUUUCCCUGCUAGGUGCCGAGGCGCUAGAUACCAGUGUUGGGCGCUUGGUCGCCAGUAAAUGGCUUGAGUAUAUGCCAUUACUCGCAGGCUUUGUCAUUGCAAGUAUGCACACCACGGAUCUGGCACCCUGGUUUUCAAGGUGGGUGCAAUGUCAGGAAUUUGAAACUACACGCAGUAUAGUAUACUGGGAUGUUGGCAACAACCCUCAGAGUUGGUUGUGCUACCGAAUCAUAUCCGGUGUUCUGUCCAUCUGUCUGCUAGGACUCCUACUGGCCAUGACAGUCCUUUCAAAAGACUGGUAUGGCUUGGCCAACGCGAUCGCAUUGAUGGUUUCAGUCAUUGUUCGGGCAUAUGUUCUGCAAGCGAAUCGCAACGCUGUUGAUCGAGCGGUUGAAUCCCCGGAAGGAAUAGCAAAGACUCUCCUAAUUACACCAGAUUCAAAGGUCAUUACUAUGUUUAUCCCCGACAACCUUAUUGUACCGAUUUUCGUCAGGAAACCUAGGCCAUAUCGGAACUGGCUUUACCGUCUCUUUCAAUGGGCAGGCUGGGCCUCGUUUGCUGUCCAUGUCCUUGCUAUUGGCAUGGCUAACUUGGCUACACAGUUGUACAGUGUUGUUUUGAUUCUUACUUCCUCUAUACUUAUUUCCUGGAAGUUCGGCUGUGACGACUCAACCCUAGGUCAGCGGCACAGAAACCUCAUCGGCGACAAUAUCUCGCCGGCAUACAGUUGUUGGAUUGGCUCGCGCUUGCAAGCAAUAGUUUUCGAAUGGCCGCUAGACAUGGAGUUCAGGCGAUCGGGUCCAACACAGUGGAGGCUAAAUAAUGCAUCUGACAGAAUUGAGGAUGGCCAACGAUCAGAGAGGCGUAUUGAUCUUUACGCCUGGCUCAACUUGACAUCAUAUGAAGAGGAUAGUCUGGGGAAGUGGGAUCUUCUCCCUCAUAAACGCAGCCAUGACAACUCAUGGCAAGAAGAGUUCAAUGCGAAAAAGGCCUUGAGACACUGCAUUGGAAGCCCAAGGGCCCGAUCCCCUUACGCCUACCAGUCCUCAAAGGAGGAACAGUGA